CAAAUUGUCUUAAAGUCAGAGACGCAGCAGAUCUCCACCAGAGCCUUUUAAAGAGAGAGUUGCGUCAAAGGAAGUUGAACCUGGUGGUUUGGCACGUGAUUUGGAUAGCUAGACUUCAGGUAAUUCCAGGAAGACCUUUUCCGGGCAAUAUGCAGCGUAGCUACCUCAGAGUAGUAUUCAUUAAAAACUAUCGUUAUUCAUUAAUAUGCAUAGACAUGCAUAUGUAGAUCUUCCUUUAGUGAGAUGUUAAUGCCUGUUGGCGAAGUUGCAGAUUGUAAGCAAGAACAUUCUCCGUUGGAAGGACGAGUAUCUUUAGGAUUGUACAAGAAGCUAUCUGUUAACAUUAUUUUAAUCAAUUUAGUGACGGGAAAUCCACUAAAAUACUUACAACACGAACAGCACAUUUUGCUUGCUAACAGAACUACUCAGAGGCUGAACAAGCAGCCGUUGCUGUGAAAAACAGGCCUAUUGGAGUGAAUGCAUAUUUUGUGACUUGGCUCUGGGUUCUACCAUUAACGCCCUAUUGUACGACAUACCUGUCCAACAUAGACACACAAUAUUUUACAGCAUGCGGAUGCUAUUCAAGUGGAAGAAAAGUUUAUUUUGGUGUCAGUUAACAAUUCAAUACUGUCACAGUAGUCUCUCAAAUGUAAAAUGGGCAAACAGAACAAUGACAGCACCUGCUGUGUAAUGAAACAUUUUUUAAACUCCAUUCAAAAUUACCCCGGGCCAUGUCAACAAUAUAUUGUUGCUGGAUAUUGCAACUAUUUAUAGUGUGAAUUGUUGACACACAGCACAUUCAUUUGAAGUUAAAAGUAUGGGCUACUGCGUUGUCACAUUGCUGCCAUGACCUCCACAGGUCACGUCUGUGACUAUUGUUCAUGAAUGUCAGGGUGGAAACCCUCCUACAAUGCCAUUUUGUUUGCUUGUUAUCGUCACAUUAAUUACAAAUUCAUGGUCCCCAUUUAAAAUUCUCUAAAUGAGCGACCUUUGACUAUGUGGAUACACAGAUAAAAAUAUGUUUUAUUUGUGUCUGACUCACAAUAGGACUUCUAUGUUAUCUGCUUUUGGAAAUGUCGCUGGUCCGGUCUCAGUUCUCCCAGUUCACCUUUAGGCAAAGAUAUGAUAGAACAACCCAUUUUUGAGAGAAAAGAAAAUUAUACACACUGAAGGUACGCAGGGUUUUUUGUUGAUUAAAAAUGGAAAAGCAGAUGUUAAUUAUUGUGAUAUUGGUCACAACGGCUAAAAUUUAGCCUGCAGGGAAUGUUAUCAGGGAAUCCACGGCAACAUGUGUAAUUAAGCCUGAAUCAUUGAUUUAAGGUAUUAGGCUAAUUUCAGUUUAUCGUGCAUUUCCUUUCUAAUUUUUAAAGAAAUAACCUUUACAAUGCCCCUCUAUUCUUGGGACUUAAUAUUUUGAUAUACGUGCUAAAUAUUUUGAUCUAUGUGGUAAAUACACCUAUCGGGAGCCAACUUGUACAUUAUUUCUUAAAAUUUGAUAAAUCCUUUAAAAUUCUCUUUUUUUGUAUGAUUAAUCGACAAAUGUAUACAUCAAUGCAUCUUACAAGAAAAUGAAUUGUAUCUGUAAGGAAAGGACAUCACAAUAUCCAUUGAUAUGGCAAUAGUGUCACGUCAAUUUAACAAAGAAAAUGUAUUUUUUCAAAAUAUCAAAUGUCUUUUGAGAAACCCAUAAAACCAGGGUUGUACUUGCUCAAUGCAAGCCAAAACUUUUUCAUGUGACCGAAGCCCAUAUGUUUUUGAUUUAGUUUGACAUCAAUGUCAAUAUGCUUUCGAUAUUCACAUCCUCAGCACAACCCACAAUUAGGGGAUGCGUACAUAUUGAAUGUGAGUUAUGAUGUCAUAACAUUGAGGGACUUUAGAAGUGACAAAAGUGCUUCCUGUGCUGAAAACCAAUUAUAUCAUCCGACAUUUUGGUUUAUUAUGCCACCUUUGGUCUCCUUUUUGUCCCCAUAAAGGUCUCUGACGGUAUCUCUUUUUCAUAUCUGUUUUUCUUGCGGAGACGGCCUGCGUGCGCAGUGUGCAGACCCCUUUAUAAACCACGCCUGGGUCAGCUAGAAAACCAUAGCUCUUUCAAACAGGGAGACCAAAAGCUAAGUGGUGCUGAAAGCAAACAACAUUUGGACCCCUUUCUGUUUUGCUCCGUCUCUUUGUGCCGCUAUGUGGAAAACUGUGCUACUGGCUGUGUGCCUGCUGGUGGCUGAGGUCCAGCCCAUGGUAGACCCAAACUAUGGGGUGAAACUGUGUGGCCGAGAGUUCAUCCGGGCCGUCAUCUUCACCUGCGGAGGUUCACGAUGGAGACGAUCACUCAAGAGCGCAGACGUUUCAGAGGACCCCUUCAGCUCCCCUCAGGAGGAGUCCGCCGAGGGUCUGAGUCCCAACAACGUGGUGGAGAGGCUCCUCCAGAGGGACAGAGACCUGAGCUUCACAGCCCGAGACGACCAGGAGGGGUUCUUUAAAAGGCCGACCCGUUCGUUCAUCAAUGAGGAAAUCCUAGAAGCCCUGCGCAACGCUGACCGCAAGGGCCGGGACGUGGUGAUAGGCCUGUCCAACGCCUGCUGCAAGUGGGGCUGCAGCAAGAGCGAGAUCAGCUCCCUUUGCUGAGGGUCCAGCUACUCAGAGAACACAGCGGCGGACUUAUACGUACAAGCGCACAAACAAAAGACACAACACCCUCUCGUAUGUUUCUCGUCAAGCCUUCUCUUUGUAAUGAACCGCCUUAACUUUAUAAUCUUCAACCAAGCUGUUUUGUCGUUCACACGCAUCGCAAUUAACUUCUUUCAUUACGAGCUGCGUCUGAGAGUCCGACAGAAAGAAUUAUCAUUAUGUUUUCAUUUGACAACAACUGUAGAUUCAUUCAUUAAUGCGUAAUCUUGUUUGUCAAUUAGAAGUAGAAUGUUGUUUUUUUCAAUUUGUUUCUAAUCAGAGUACUAAUUGGGUUAAAGGUUCAGAUCCACAAUAAAAAAUGUAUGAAGAGAAGCCAUGUCAUUGCACAUUUAA